AUGACAGAACCCUGCAACCCUCCCGGCCCCGGCCCCCUUAUACAGGUCAGGCCCGAAGGCUCAUCGGCCGACUCCUCUGCCGGCGCUGCCGAGUGCUCCCCGCCAAGCGCUCAGACCAGUGGCGGCUUCUCGGGCGCACCCGAGGCCGACGGCAUGCACACGACGUAG